AUGGCUAUUCUUUAUUAUUAUUCUAUUACCAUUGUUUUCAUACUAGUUGGAAGCACAAAAUCAGACUGCUUAAACGGAACGUCAAGAGGAUGUUACAAAAAUGAGCUGUGCUAUAAUAAUCAAUGUUAUCCAGCUCAUGGACCCUGCUUUAAUGGUAUAUGUGAAAAAAGUUUAACGUGUGUAGUUGACAACUGUCUUGACUUAUUAGCGAGUAUCACAACAAAGAUGAUAACAACAAAUCCAACAUGCUUCGAUUAUAGCCCAUUAGGUGGUUUCAGUGAUUGUCCCUCACGUGCACAUCUCUGUAACAAUCCUAUUUAUUACAAUUUAAUGACAAAACAAUGUCCACGUACGUGUAAUCGUUGUUCAAGUAUUACUUCUACAUUGCUACCACCGAUACCAGGUUGUUUUGAUCGAGUUGGAGCAGAUGGUCGAUCAAACUGUGCGUCCGUUGCGCAUCUAUGCCAAAAUCUUCUGUACUUUAAUGUUAUGAAACAGCAGUGCGCACGGACGUGUAAAUUUUGUUAA